AUGUCCUCGUCUUCGUCUACCGGGUACAGCAAGAACAAUGCCGCCCGCAUUAAGCAAGAGAAUACAUUGAGACAAAGAGAAUCGUCCUCCGUCAGCGUUAGCGAGGAACUCUCAAGUGCUGAUGAGAGAGACGCGGAAGAUUUCUCGAAGGAGAAGCCCGCUGCACAAAGCUCGUUGUUGCGCCUGGAAUCCUUUGUAAUGCCGGUGAUCUUUACUGCAUUGGCUUUGUUUACCAGGAUGUAUAAGAUCGGCAUCAACAACCAUGUUGUUUGGGAUGAGGCGCAUUUUGGUAAGUUUGGGUCUUACUACCUGAGACACGAAUUUUACCACGAUGUUCAUCCUCCCCUAGGAAAAAUGCUUGUCGGGCUGUCUGGUUACUUGGCAGGCUACAACGGUUCUUGGGAUUUUCCUUCUGGGGAAAUUUACCCAGAGUAUUUGGAUUAUGUUAAGAUGAGACUGUUCAACGCGUCAUUUUCCGCGCUCUGUGUGCCAUUGGCCUAUUUCACCGCGAAGGCUAUUGGAUUUUCACUACCAACUGUUUGGCUGAUGACCGUGCUAGUUUUAUUUGAAAACUCGUAUAGCACUUUGGGCAGGUUCAUUCUUUUGGACUCUAUGUUACUUUUCUUCACUGUGGCAUCGUUCUUUAGUUUUGUCAUGUUCCACAACCAGAGAUCCAAGCCCUUCUCUAGAAAGUGGUGGAAAUGGCUGUUGAUUACUGGUAUUUCUUUGGGUUGCACAAUUUCCGUCAAGAUGGUGGGUCUGUUUAUCAUCACUAUGGUCGGUAUCUAUACUGUGAUUGACUUAUGGACCUUUUUGGCGGAUAAAUCCAUGUCAUGGAAAACCUAUAUUAACCACUGGUUGGCAAGAAUAUUUGGUCUUAUUAUCGUUCCCUUCUGCAUUUUUCUACUAUGCUUCAAAAUACAUUUCGACCUACUAUCGCAUUCUGGUACAGGUGAUGCUAACAUGCCGUCACUCUUCCAAGCAAGAUUAGUUGGUUCUGAUGUCGGACAAGGUCCUCGUGACAUUGCUGUAGGUUCAUCCGUUGUUUCCAUCAAAAAUCAGGCUCUUGGAGGCUCUCUACUGCACUCACAUAUACAAACUUAUCCAGAAGGCUCCAAUCAACAGCAAGUGACCUGUUAUGGUUACAAAGAUGCCAACAACGAAUGGUUUUUUAACAGAGAAAGAAGUUUGCCAUCGUGGUCAGAAAACGAAACUGAUAUCGAGUAUUUGAAGCCAGGCACCUCUUACAGAUUGGUACACAAAAGCACGGGCAGAAACUUGCACACUCACCCAGUUGCUGCACCAGUGUCCAAGACGCAAUGGGAAGUUUCCGGUUACGGUGACAAUAUUGUUGGUGACAACAAAGACAAUUGGAUCAUUGAGAUCAUGGAUCAAAGAGGGAAUGAAGACCCUGAAAAAUUACACACAUUGACCACCGCUUUCCGUAUCAAGAACUCGGAGAUGGGCUGUUACUUGGCUCAAACCGGUAACAGUUUGCCCGAAUGGGGGUUCAGACAACAAGAAGUUGUCUGCAUGAAAAACCCAUUCAAGAGGGAUAAAAGAACCUGGUGGAACAUCGAGACCCACGAAAACGAAAGAUUGCCACCAAGACCUGAAGACUUCCAAUAUCCAAAGACCAACUUCUUUAAGGACUUUAUUCACUUAAAUCUAGCUAUGAUGGCCACUAAUAACGCAUUGGUGCCAGAUCCAGACAAAUUUGAUUAUUUAGCCUCUUCAGCAUGGCAAUGGCCAACUUUGAAUGUGGGUUUGAGACUAUGUGGCUGGGGAGAUGAUAAUCCAAAAUACUUCCUAUUGGGUACCCCCGCAUCGACGUGGGCAUCCAGCGUCGCUGUCCUCGCAUUCAUGGCCACAGUCGUCAUAUUAUUGAUCAGAUGGCAAAGACAAUAUGUGGACUUAAGUAAUCCAUCUAACUGGAACGUUUUCCUAAUGGGCGGGUUCUACCCACUACUAGCCUGGGGUCUACAUUACAUGCCAUUCGUUAUCAUGUCUAGAGUCACCUACGUCCAUCAUUACUUGCCUGCGUUGUAUUUUGCACUAAUCAUUUUGGCGUACUGUUUCGACGCCGGUUUGCAAAAAUGGUCCAGAUCUAAAUGCGGCCGUAUCAUGCGGUUCGUCCUGUACGCCGGGUUCAUGGCACUUGUAGUUGGUUGCUUCUGGUACUUUUCUCCAAUCUCAUUCGGUAUGGAGGGACCAAGUAGUAACUUCCGCUACUUAAACUGGUUUUCCACUUGGGACAUCGCCGACAAACAAGAAGCAUGA